AUGGAGGCUUGCAAAGCGGCCGGGUCGAGGCCGCUUGUUCAUCGCUGGCGAGUCCCACGAGAGCGAAAGGCUGCUUCUUGGGUCUAUCCUCUCGUCGCGGCGCUGGGUUUCCUGUGGUGGACAUUACCAGCUCCAAGUAGGGAGUCGGCUCCAGUGUCUACGCCGAUAUCAACACCUGCCGCUUCACCUUUCAGCUGGGAGGAUAUUGUCCCCUCCAAAUCGUUAGAGUACCAUGAUUGUGGAGACGGGUUUCAAUGUACCCGGCUCGAGGUACCGAUGGACUACGAUCGGACCGAUACCACUCGAGGGCGAACAUUCGCUCUAGCAGUGGUUCGGAUUCCUGCCAAAGUUUCCAUCGACGACCCUCGAUAUGGAGGAGCUAUGUUGAUUAACCCAGGUGGCCCCGGUGGUCCCGGAACUCUGCAAGCAUUCUUUUCAGGUCGCAAUCUCCAGACUAUCGUUGACUCGGAGAAUGACCCGAGUACAAUCCCAUCCAACGCAAGCGAUAAGUACUUCGAUAUCAUCGGCUUCGAUCCCAGGGGCGUUGGAUCCACUACGCCGGCUGUAACGUGUUUCCCCGAUUCGACUUCCCAACGGAACUGGGAGUUGCAAGUUGAAGCAGAGGGGAUGCUGGGCAGUAGCCCAAACGCCUUGCAGAGAAAUUGGUUACGGACACAUGCGCUGAACUCUGGAUGCUCUGUGUAUGAGAUGACUGCUGCCGCUGAUGAUUCGCAGGGCGAUGAAGCUAUGAUGGAGUAUCUGAGCACCACGCUCGUAGCUCAAGAUAUGAUCACCAUCAUCGAGCGUCACGGCGAAUGGCGCGAGAAACAAGGUCAACUAGCCCAGCAAGUCUACGACUUGCAACACGGCCCAGACGAGUCGCGCGCCAUUCUAAGACGCACUCAAUGGCACGUUGACAGGGAACCCCUCUUAUACUGGGGUCGAUCUUAUGGAACUCUCUUGGGCACGACCUUUGCCGCACUUUUCCCCGACCGAGUUUCUCGCGCAGUCCUAGAUGGCGUGGUCAACAUGGACAGGUACUACGAGGGACGAGGUCCAAACGUAGUCAUGGAUGCAGAUGCCAUUUUCGCUCGCUUCGGCGAAUACUGCCACGAAGCCGGUCCAGAGGCAUGUCCCUUCUACGCAGAGGGGGGAUCCGAUACCAUCAACGAUGCCUACUGGGCUAUCGAAAACCAGCUUCUAGACGUAUCUCUCCCGGUGAUGGCAUCUGCCACGCGGGGACCGGAAGUUGUCACAUGGACGGAUUUGAAGAAUAUCCUUCGCGUUGCGGUGUAUCAGCCCCUUCUCGCGUUUCCCGUGCUAGCCGAUCAUGUCAGCGAGCUCGCAAAGGGUAAUGCAGUGACGAUGGCGGAUUUCAAGCAUCGCAGACAUUUUGGUGCUUGUCCGUCUAGUGAGUGUCGCUUAGCGGGGCCGUGGUCCUCCCAAUGCGCCAGCGAGCAGGAUAACACUCUAUACGCGAGUGCAGCUAUUCUAUGUUCGGAUGCGGAAUACAUGACAAACUAUACAUGGGACGAGUUUCGGGGGAUAUGGGCUGCGUUGGCGGCUGAUAGUCGAGCUCUUGGGGAUUAUUGGGCUCAAAUCGAAUUGUCGUGUGUAGGAUGGAAGGCGAAAGCAAAGUACAAGUUUAAAGGCCCGUGGGGCGCACUCACGGCACACCCAAUGCUGUUCGUCUCGAAUACCCUUGACCCGGUAACUCCUCUGCACAACGCAAAACAUAUGUCCAAGCAGUUUCCGGGGUCUGUAUUACUGGAGCAGGAUUCUGAAGGGCACACCACCAUUGCGGCACCUUCAUUAUGCGUUGCAAAGGCUAUUCGCAACUACUUUCAGACUGGGGCCCUUCCUCCCAUUGGCACUCUUUGCGAGGCGGACUUAAAGCCGCUGGUCGGCUCUCGUGGAAAGAUUGAGGGGCAAGAUCUAAGCUGUGCUGAUCGCAAGCUUAUGGAUGCAGUAAUGGCUGAGGUUGAACGGGGGUUUCUCCCACAGAUGCAGCUUUGA